GGAGAGUUGAAGAGCAAAGGAAAGGAAGAGCGAGGAGGUGGAGGAAAGAAGCGAGGAGGGAGGGAUCUGAGCUGAGGCUGCAGCGUGGCUCUGUGUCUGAAUGAAAGAACCUCUCUCUCUUUCUCUCUCUCUGCUGCUGUCUGUCUGUAUGCAUGGCUUAUAUCCGCUGCAGCAAGUGAGCACAUGUCUAGAGCAAACAUAGCGGGACUCUCAGAGUGACUCCAAGCCGGAGGUAAAUAUUUUGCAGAAGCUGCAGCUAAAGGUGUAAUCUUUAACGCUUUUUGAAUUUCGUCAUAUAAGAAGCUGGAUUACUUCUUAGAAAUUUGACUGCUGCUUUUUUUUCCCGGAUGAUUUUUUUUUCGCAUCUACAAAACUUCAAGGAAGAUUUGAAAACCGGUUUUCCUUUGGGGAAAUUGCCCCGUGAUCCACGAUACCUGGGGACUCGGGUUCUUCUUCAACAUACUGCACAUCUCCUCACCGUCAGAAGGAUUCACUGGACCAGGAUCAGUUUCACCUUAUUUACACAACAUCACAGAGGCAGAGGUUCCUUUAAGCAGCGCAAUCCUGAGUUGCUUUGUUGGUCUGUAGCCAAGUUGCAGGCAGGUGUGAUGCUGGGUCAGAGUGUUUGAUGCACACAUUCACACACACACACACACAUGCACAUGGCUGCCAUUAACUACAGAGACCAGGACAUCAGAUGAGGACACUAGACACUAAAAUAUAACAGGGAUUUUAACUUUGAGAUUCAAACCCGUGCUUGACAGAUGCUGGUGGAGAUGUAACAUGUUUUUCUUCCUUCUUCUAACCCAUCAUACUGAACUAUCACACACAAGCUGCCUUGAUUAACUACAUUACUGGAUCAAGAGCCACACUAGCCUAAACUGAAAGACAGCAUCUCUACACUAUGACCACGAGGACCUGUAAUCCGCCCCCCCAGUGCAUCCUGUCGCACACCCUCUUUCCCCACCUACUUCUGUCUGCGCUGCUGUUGCUCCUCCAGCCCUGGUGGGGGAGCUGUCACCCCCAGUGUUUAGACUACAAGCCUCCGUUCGAGCCCCGGCUGCCAUUGGUCCUCUGCAAGGAGUACUCCAAGUUCGGAUGCUGUGAUGUGGAGAGGGAUGGGGAGAUAUCAGUGAAGUUUUACAGCAUUAUGGAGAACUUUGACCAUUCGGGCUUCGUCACCUGCGGCAAGUACAUACGCAGCAUCCUCUGCCAGGAGUGUUCUCCAUACGCCGCCCAUCUGUUUGAUGCCGAAGAUGCCAACACGCCUAUGCGGAUGUUGCCUGGUUUGUGUGGUGAUUACUGCUCCGACUACUGGCACCAGUGUCGCUACACACUCAGUCUCCUCUUGGAGGACCUCGGGUCCCCUUAUGAGUUUGCAAACCUGACUGCAACGAUAGAAGAGGAUCGCAGAAAGUUCUGCAACUAUCUGGAGCUGAAGGACAAACAGUACUGUUAUCCAAAUGUGCUGACGAAUGCAGAGCUAAAUGCUCAACUUGGCUUGGUACGUGAGGAUCCUAAAGGUUGUCUGGAGCUGUGUUUACAGGAAGUCGCCAAUGGGCUGCGUAACCCCGUGGCCAUGAUUCACGCAAAUGAUGGGACUCAUCGCUUCUUCGUGGCAGAGCAGCUGGGUUAUGUGUGGGUGUAUUUGGCCAACGGCUCCCGGAUCGACCGACCUUUCCUGAACCUCACGCAGGCAGUCCUCACGUCACCUUGGGCUGGAGACGAGCGAGGGUUCCUCUGCAUCGCCCUGCACCCCAGGUUCACGACCGUCAGAAAAGCCUAUGUGUAUUAUUCUGUGUCGGUGAAGAACGAGGAGAGGAUACGUGUUAGUGAGUUCACCCUAUCAAUUCAUGAUGAAAACCAGCUGGACCACUCCUCCGAGAGAACCAUCCUUGAGGUGGUGGAGCCAGCGUCCAAUCAUAAUGGAGGACAGCUUCUGUUUGACGAUGACGAAUAUCUGUACAUCUUCAUCGGAGAUGGUGGCCGAGCUGGAGACCCCUUUGGAAAGUUUGGCAAUUCACAAAACAAGUCAACACUUCUUGGUAAGGUGCUGCGUAUUGAUGUGGAGAAUAACGACAAUGGUGCUCCGUACAGCAUUCCUCCAGACAACCCGUUCCUGAGGGAGAUUGAAGCACGACCUGAGAUUUAUGCCUAUGGAGUGCGCAACAUGUGGCGUUGCUCCAUUGACCGCGGUGACCCCUUCACAGGGCGAGGCAGAGGCAGGAUGUUUUGUGGUGACGUGGGCCAGAACAAAUACGAGGAGGUGGAUCUCAUUGUUAAAGGAGGCAACUACGGAUGGAGGGCCAAAGAGGGCUUCAGCUGCUACGAUCGCAAACUCUGCCAGAACUCAUCUCUGGAUGACAUCUUGCCGAUCUUUGCCUACCCCCACAAGUUGGGAAAAUCAGUGACAGGAGGAUACAUCUACAGAGGCUGCCAGAUGCCCAACCUCAACGGACUCUACUUCUUUGGGGAUUUCAUGAGCGGGCGGCUGAUGUCUUUGAAGGAGAACGUCACCACCAGUGAAUGGCACUACAAUGAGAUCUGUAUGGGAACAGACCAGACCUGCAGAUUCCCCAAACUCAUCAACAGUUAUUAUAAAUACAUCAUCUCUUUUGCGGAGGAUGAGGCAGGUGAGCUGUAUUUCUUAGCCACAGGGGCCGCGAGUGCCAGAGCCAGAGCAGGCGUCAUCUAUAAGAUAGUGGACCCUUCCAGACGAGCCCCACCAGGAAAGUGCAGAAUCAAGCCUUCACAUGUCAACAUUAAGGGCAAACUGAUUCACUUCCACCCCAAAGAAGAGUUUGUAAUCAACAAGAAACCAACCACGACACCUUUUCCCACGACAACCACACGAAAACCUACAACAACGACCAAAAAGUCACCAAGAAAACCCAUAAUAAUCAUAAAACCACCAAUGCCAACCAGAAAAACUAUAAGAAAAAUGCAGCCACCGCCAACAACAGCGUCACCAAGAAAAAUGACACCGCAGACUACGAGAAAAACAACAACGAGAAGGGCAACAUUACCAACAACAUCAAAUAUAAAAGCAACAACAAUAAAAACAACCUCAGCCACGACAAUAAAAUCAACAACCUCACCCACAACUGUCCAGAUGGCCACGGAAACAAGUCCCACCACAACCACACCCACUGGUUAUCGCACAACCGUCAUGACUGCAGUCUCCUCUAGGAUUACUCAAACCCCAAUCAUCACCACACGUCCAACAAGGAGACAUGAGAGACCCCUUCAGUAUCCCCCUAGUACCACAUCCCAACCUUUAACCUCACCAAAGCUUCCUCCUUCUCCAUCCGCAACAUCCUUGAAACGAUCUGAGAUGGCUCUGACCUCUACGCGUUACCCUGAGCACCCCAGAGCGUGGACCACACCUCGUCCAACGUACUGGAGCCAGAAACCCACCGUGUCUUCCUACAAUCCCCAGAGACCACCAGUCAACGGCACGCUGCCUAAAGCUCAAGAGGAGGAGCGUUGGCCCGGAGAGAAGCAGGAAAGUGCUGUGGAGGGGAACCAAGUGUAUAAGAGGCCCAGAGGAAGAGGUAGAGGUCAAAUCUUCAAAAGAGGAAGAGGAGGGAGAAGGCUGAGGCCUGGCUCAUUGCGACUGGUGAGCACUGACGGUUUAUUGGAUCGAGGCAGAGUGGAGAUCUUUAUCCGAGGAGAGUGGGGGACAGUGUGCGAUGACCUUUUCACAACCAAGUCGGGCACAGUGGUGUGUCGACAGCUCGGCUUCACGACGGUGCUGGCAGUGAUGAAGAGGGCUGCGCUGGGGGAGGCUGACAGCAGCGUCAGGAUCUUUCUGGACGACGUGGAGUGUGAAGGCGGGGAGAGAUCGCUGCUGGAGUGCAAGAGAUCCAGGGUUGGGAAACACAACUGUUCACAUGGGGAAGAUGUGGGUGUGAUCUGCGGUUAGGAAUGCGGGGGGGACGGACGUAGAAAAGCAUAGGAAUGAAAGGAGGAGACAGUAUGUAUGGUACUUUCACACACAGGACAGGAUCAGGAGGAGGCAAGCAAAGAAGAAGAAGGAUUUGACAGACUUCACAUUUUAAAGCAUAGCACAAAAAAGCACAAAAAAUUCUAUAAAUUGUAUUUUUCUAUUUUCCUGUUUUCCAUAUCGAUGUUAAAAUGCUUUAGUCCUCGCCCACUGCUGAAUUCUCAAUUGUCCUUAUGCAUGAACAUUAAGUUCUAUCUAUGGAUUUCUAACAAAAAACAGAGGAGUGUGGGGGAGGUGCAUGUCCCUACCUGAGGCCUUUUGUUGGCUUGGUCCGAUCCUAUCCUAUCCUUGUCCUCACUGUAAAGAACUAACCAAGAAUAUGCAGUAACACCAUACACUGAUGACUCUAGGUCCUGAAAGUGAAGCCAAUGCAGAAGUGCCUGAAGUACGUAUUACCAGCAGAGCGUGACUCCACUGGUUGCAAAAAGAAGUCUGUUUCACUAGUUUCUAUUCUUCUUCAAUACAGCACGAUGUUCAUUUUAUAAAUCAGGGUCUCAUGGACAAUCAGGAUGCAUUGGGGUGUGGAUGCCAUGUAGUUGAUAGCUAGGACCGUCCAAUGGGUCACAGGUGGGGGAGGGUGUGCAGUGUCCUCUCCGUCAGGCUCAUCCCCCCGCUCCUCUAAACACUGUUACUUAUAAUUUCAAAAAACAAGAUGGCUUUGGACAAAAUGCCAAAUUCAAGGUUUUAAAAACGGCAUUUCAAAAACCAAUGGGUGGUUUCCCACUUGUGUGACACCAAUGAGUGUGUUCCCUGAAAGUGUUGACUUUGAGGCUAGGGAACAUGAACCCUAAUAGUCUCCAUAUCAAUGUCGUCAAGAGUCAAACAACGCUUGUUUCAACAAAUGUCUAAAUCAAUAUCAUUGUGCCACCUUCAGGUGGGACAUGCAUUACAAAAACGGUUCAUAUUCACUGUCAUGGCAAAUAGGAAAAUAUACCAGUACUGUUUUAAAAGAGUCAACAGCUAAUGGGGCCUCCUUGGUGGAUUGUAACAGACAAAACUAUGAAACAGUGUAAUGUUUUUUACUGAACUUUUUAAAGAGAUUUAGCCUCUUUUAAGAGUAAAGCUGUCAAUUUACCUAAAACUGGGAUAGGUUAGUAACGUUGUUUUUGUUCACAUGUUUACAAAAGAAAAGCCACCCCAACCUGUUAAAAUAGUCAACUGUGUUCCGAGAAGAUGUUUGUAUUUUUGUAUUGUAUAAAUUCAGCAGGUCUAUUUUCUUUUAGCAUUGUGAUACUUUUUGAAUGUAGUUUUAAAGUGAACAAAAAAAACUUUUAAAGAGCUUUACGAAGGAAAUGCUGGACAUUGUGUACCAUGAAUGUAAUAAAAUGUUUCCAGUUUUAUACAAAGAGAUUUAA